AUGCUUUCACUUUCUGUGGUCUUGGCCUGUUUCACUAUCCCUACAGCUGGUAACUUCUACCGAGAUGCUGAUAUUACUUGGGGUGACGGGCGUGGGAAGAUAGUCGAAGGUGGAAGAAUGUUGACGUUGUCACUUGACCAGUAUUCUGGUUCUGGAUUUCAGUCCAAGAAUGAGUACUUGUUUGGAAGAUUCGACAUGCAACUCAAACUUGUACCUGGAAACUCUGCUGGAACCGUAACCACUUUUUUUGUAAGUCUACAGUUGUCCUUCAAUUUGGGGGCUAACCCCAAACUUAUUUAA